AUGUCCGAGAAGCUGAAGAGCGUGACCGUAAACCUGUUGACUUCAUGUGCAGAUGUCCCGUGGUAUUGCAAGAAAUUUUCGUCAUUCAACAAAAUUGUCAACCUCGUGGCGUGGAUCUUGAGAUUUGUGGAGAAGACGAGGAAACGAAGUAAUUCAAAUGGAUCACUUACUGUAGCUGAAUUGGAACAUUCAGAAAAGAAAUUGUUAAGUCUGGUGCAGGGUGAGAGUUUCAAACGUGGCGAAAAAGUAAUCGCGAAUCUUCGUGUCGUUUGGGAUGAUGCUGACGGAAUUGCUAGAGUUCAAACUAAAUUACUCAUGAGAACAGACAUGGUCAAUUUCAAGACACCAAUAUUAUUGCCGGAAAAACACCCAUUCGUUCGUCUUCUGAUUCGCUACAUUCAUUUGAAGAGUGGACACGGAGGAACUCAAUAUGUCAUGGGUCAACUUCGCGAAAAAUAUUGGAUCAUUCGAGGACGGAAAGCUGUUCGUCAAGUGAUUACCAGUUGUGUAAGGUGCAGAAGAUUUAGUGCACAACAUGUAAAAACUCCUGAAGCCCCGCUGCCAGAAGACCGAGUUCGGACAUCUGUGGCGUUUGAAAUUGUUGGAGUAGACUUGGCAGGACCACUAUUUCUCAAAGGAGGAACGAAAAUAUGGACCGUACUCUUCACUUGUGCUGUAUAUCGUUGCGUGCAUCUGGAGCUGGUGAAAUCUUUGAGUACCGAGGCUUUCCUCAUGGCAUUUCAUCGUUUUAUUCACCGAAGAGGAACUCCUGCGGUCGUGUACAGUGAUAAUGGGCGCAAUUUCGUGGGCGCCGUCAACCUGUUUUCAUCCAUCAAUUGGGAUGAAAUAGAAGAAAAAGUUCGAGAAAGACGAAUCGUAUGGAAAUUCAAUCCUCCGACAGCUGCUUGGUGGGGAGGCUGGUGGGAGAAGUUGAUUGGAUUGAUGAAAGAAAUCUUGAAAAGGAUGUUGGGACAAGCACGAGUGAACUAUGAAGAACUGAUGACCUGCAUCAUACAAGUAGAGAAUGUACUCAACAAUCGUCCUCUUACAGUAGUGACCGAGGACCCACAAGAUCUCAAAACAUUGACCCCUGCAAUGUUUUUACUCGAGAACAAGAAUAGUGUUUCACCAGAGAUGGAACAAGUCAGCAUGGAGGGACUGAACAAGAGAUUGAAGUUUCUAAGAAAAAUACGAGAAGAACUGCGGUCACGAUUCAGAAAAGAGUAUUUGGCACUCUUAGUCCAGCGAGGAUCCGAGAAGACAUCGGAUUUGAAAAUUGGAGACAUUGUUUUGGUAGGAUCAGAUGGCGUCAAGCGUCAAGAUUGGCCUAUGGCAAAGGUGGUGGACCUCAUCCCUGGAAGAGAUGGAUAUUCACGGACUGCAAGAGUGAAGACGUCGUAUGGUGAAUUGUUAAGACCUGUUCAACGUCUAUACCCCAUGGAGAUAAUUUUAAUUGCAAAAUAA